ACAUGCGCAGAUCUAAACAACAAAAUGGCGAAUCAAACUGUUGAUCAGCUUUUUGAUAUUAGAACUGCUUUUUUAACUGGAAAUUAUCAACAAUGUGUUAAUGAAGCCCCAAAGUUAAACUUGGGCACACCAGAACUAAAAGUUGAACGAGAUGUUCUUAUGUACCGGGCUUAUAUUGCCCAGAGGAAAUACGGAGUUGUCUUGGAUGAGAUAAAGAGUUCAAGCUCACCUGAGCUGCAGGCAGUUAAGAUGUAUGCUGACUAUUUGUCGAAUGAGUCAAAGAGAGAUGCAAUAGUGAAAGAAUUGGAUUCUAAAAUGAGUGGAAAUGUGGACCUUACCAACAGUACCUUUCUACUAAUGGCAGGAUCUGUGUAUUAUCAUGAACAGAAUUAUGAUUCAACACUUAGAACUCUGCAUCAGUCUGACAAUUUAGAAUGCAUGGCAUUGAUGGUACAGACUUUACUGAAGAUGGAUCGUGUUGAUUUAGCCAAAAAAGAAUUAAAGAGAAUGCAGGAUGCUGAUGAAGACAACAUACUUUUUCAAUUGGCCCAAGCAUGGUUUAAUCUUUACAUUGGAGGUGAUAAAUAUCAAGAUGCUUAUUACAUUUUCCAAGAAAUUGCAGACAAGCACACAAGCACGCCAUUACUGUUGAAUGGACAGGCUGCUUGCUACAUGGCUCAAGGCCGGUUUGAUGAUGCUGAAUCAGUGUUGCAAGAGUCUAUGGACAAAGACAGCAAUAAUGCUGAGACAAUCAUCAAUAUGAUCGUUCUAAGUCAGCAUUUAGGCAAGGCACCAGAGGUUAGCAAUAGGUACAUUUCUCAGUUGAAAGAUUCGCAUAGAAGUCAUCCCUUUGUUCGUGAUUACUUACAAAAGGAAUCUGAAUUUGAUAGGCUUCUGAGAAAUUAUGCACCAAGUGUUGCAGCAUAGAUACUUUAAAGCUCUUUGGAAGUGGACUCAUCAUUCACAUUGGUGUAAAUAAAUAGAACUGGUUUCAUUUUUGUAAAAUGCUGGUAUUUUAUUGUGAUUAAAUUUCUAAACCCUU